AUGUCGGCGGCGGACGGUGCCCGGGAGGGCGUCAGGGAGGGCUCGGGCGGCGCAGCGGGUGGCGGCGGCGGCCUCCUCAACCGCUUCGUGCAGCUGCCGGGCAGGCCGCGCUCGACGGGCUAUAGGUCUCCACCAGCAAGAAGUGGCCAUCGUUGCGUGGCAGAUAAUGCCAACUUGUAUGUGUUUGGAGGCUACAAUCCUGACUACGAUGAGUCUGGUGGGCCAGAGAAUGAAGACUACCCACUCUUCAGGGAACUCUGGCGGUACAACUUUGCUACAGACACCUGGCAUCAAAUGGGCACUGAAGGCUACAUGCCCAGGGAACUAGCCUCCAUGUCACUUGUAUUGCAUGGCAAUAACCUGCUUGUGUUCGGGGGCACCGGGAUCCCCUUUGGGGAGAGCAACGGCAACGACGUCCACGUCUGCAACGUCAAGUACAAAAGAUGGGCUCUGCUCAGCUGCCGAGGAAAGAAACCCAAUCGAAUCUAUGGCCAGGCCAUGGCCAUCAUCAAUGGCUGUCUCUACGUGUUUGGAGGAACAACUGGUUACAUUUACAGUACCGACCUACAUAAGCUAGACCUCAACACUAGAGAGUGGAUCCAGCUGAAACCUAACAACAUGUCCUGUGACAUGCCAGAGGAGAGGUACAGACAUGAAAUCGCACAUGAUGGUCAACGGAUUUAUAUCUUGGGAGGUGGAACUUCCUGGACAGCUUAUUCCUUAGAUAAGAUCCAUGCGUACAACCUUGAAACCAACACCUGGGAGGAAAUUGCCACAAAACCUCAUGAAAAAGUUGGCUUCCCAGCAGCCAGAAGAUGUCAUAGCUGCGUUCAGAUAAAAAAUGAUGUGUUCGUUUGUGGAGGCUAUAACGGAGAAGUGAUUCUGGGAGACGUUUGGAAGCUGAAUCUGCAAACUUUCCAGUGGGUCAAGCUCCCAGCUGCCAUGCCGGAACCAGUGUAUUUUCACUGUGCUGCUGUCACACCAGCCGGUUGCAUGUAUGUUCACGGAGGGGUGGUCAACAUCCACGAAAACAAACGGACUGGCUCUCUGUUUAAAAUGUGGCUGGUGGUACCCAGCCUGCUGGAACUGUCGUGGGAGAAGCUCCUGGAAUAUUUCCCUCAUCUAGCAACUCUCUCCAGAUCUCAGCUUUUGCACCUUGGACUGACGCAGGGACUCGUUGAGCGACUAAAAUGAGAACAUCUCGUGCUUCUGUCCAAGACACACUACGUUCAAGAAGCCCCCUCCCGCCCCCUAUUUAUGGAUACCGUGGAUGGUCUUGCUAAGAACAUGGAGGAACUCGCUCAACGCCUUACUCAGCAAAUACAUUGAUGCCUUUCUAGAAAUUUUUAAGUUGUUGAAAAUCCACUUUUUAUUUAUGGAUCUCUAAAUUACACCAUUAAUCAAAAAUAUUCUCUGGGACUAAUCCAUAACAUCCAGCCAUCAAACUGUCAUCAGCACAUGCUUGCAACUUAAUUGGGGAGGGUGGGGAGCUUAGCGAAUGUCUGAGCCUGUGCUUACACGUGGCACAUUUAACUUAGUAUUUUCACAAGAUGUAGCUAACAGAGGACAUGCAAUGCAGAACAACAGCUGACCUGUUCUUUUGCUUUGGAUGACACUCAUACCCCUAACUCCCAGCUGAGCUCUCCCUCUCUAAAACUGAGAAUUCCUUCUGCUUGAAGGCUUUGCAUGUGUUUCAUGGGCAUGUUCCCAUCUCUUUGAGCUUCGGAAGACGGCUGGAACGUUGCACGGGGCAGUGAGCGAAGCUUUGCCUGUGCAGCUUUUCUGGUGCAGUGUUGCAGUGAUUUGAAACACCCCGUGUCUCUGUUCCUCACCUUUUCAUAUUGAAAGGUUUGCUUGGAAGACUGGUUAAAAGUUGCCACUUAA